UCAGCUAAGGAAUUUUCAACAAGAAUUGCGAGCUUUCUUGUACGCAUUAGAUAUAUAGGCUGAUUACCUUUACAGUAAAGAAUGGACUUCCAGUUGUGAUAAUUACCGUGAAAAAUUUAGAUUGAAAAUGGACGACAGAGCAAUAGACGGAAUAUUUUUAGGUUGUUUGGAUAACUUACCUCCAGUGAGUUCGAAGAUUGUAAGAAUCUUCACAAGUUCAACGUUCACAGAUAUGUCUAUGGAAAGAAAUGCAUUAAUGGAAGAAGUAUAUCCUAGGAUCAAAGAUUUUUGUCGAGAGAAACAUGGUCUUGAAUUUCAGGUUGUUGAUAUGCGUUGGGGUGUUCGAGACGAAGCGACAGACGAUCACAUGACGACAGAUCUUUGCAUGAGAGAGAUUGAAAAUUGUCAGAGAUUAUCAAUGGGGCCUAAUUUUGUGACAUUUUUGGGCCAGAAAUAUGGCUACCGCCCUAUACCAACGAUCAUUGAUGGAAAAGAAUUCAGAAUGAUUCAUGAUACAUUAGGACUCAUGUCUCAAGAUACCUCUCUUCUUGACAGAUGGUACAGAGAAGACACAAAUGCUGUUCCUUCAGUUUUCGUGCUCCAGCCCAUUAGUUCUAUAUUAGUAAAUUUUAAUAACAAAAGAGCUCCCAAACUUCAAGCAGCUGACCAAGCAACGUGGUGGGACACCCUGGACAAAUUACAGAAAAUGUUGAGAAAAGCAGCUAAUACUCUUUAUAUAUCAAAAAGGAUUGAUCAUGAUGCAAUGCAUAAUUAUAUGAUGUCUGUGACGGAACGAGAAGUCAUAAAUGGAAUCCUUAACGUUCCAAAUACCAGAAAUCACUGCCUAGCAUAUAUUCGACAGAUCAAUGCAGUGGACAUGACGAAUUUAAAAGAAGUCAGCAAAUUCAUCGAUACUUUAGGAAGAACAGUCGACAUUGAAGCUCAGAAACUUCUAACAGAUCUCAGAGACGUUAGAUUACCUCAGAAAAUCGAGCUUUCUAAUUCAGUGAAAUAUACAAUAAACUGGUGCGGAAAGGAAGGUUUAUCUGUGAAAUAUCAUCAAGACUAUCUGAAAGAAUUUACAGCUCAUUUCUAUAAACACAUUACUCGCUUAGUUGAUCGUGCAAUGCGAAAAGAAGAUCUGAGUAGCCAAGGACACAUUGUGACGGAAAUUCUGCAACAUCUACAGGCAGGAAAAAAUUCAGUGUCAACUUUUCAAGGGAGAGAAUAUGAAUUGGACAGAAUUAAAAAUUAUAUCAUGUCGAGUUCAAUUCAGCCAUUUGUUCUUCAUGGGAAAGGUGGCUGCGGCAAAACAUCUCUUUUAGCAAAAGCUUCUAGCAUGAUGGUUGAAUGGAGUCCUAAAGGAACCAAACCCAUAUUGACUCUAAGAUUUCUUGGUACUACACCAGAUAGUUCCAGUGUUGUACCUAUGCUUACAAGUGUCUGUCAACAGAUUAUGUAUAAUUACAUGAUGCCUUGGGAAGGCAUACCGGAUGAUUUAAUCCCUUUAAUUGCUUUCACAAAACGAUUGCUUACAAAAAUAACUUACGAACAGCCUUUGUUUAUAUUUUUGGAUUCUGUGGAUCAAUUAUCAGGACCAAGUGAUGCCAACAAAUUGACAUGGUUACCAACCAGACUUCCUGAAAAUGUAAAAAUCGUGAUUUCAACUGCUUCUGAAGGUGAUGCCAAGGAAUAUCAUUUGCUUCGAAAAAUGCUAAGCAAUGAAAACCAGUUUGUUGAAGUGCAUCCUCUUGGUGAAGAACUGGCAGAACAGACAGUUAAAUGUUGGCUAGAAAUGAAUGGUCGAGACUUAAACAAAUAUCAGUGGAAUGUGGUUAAGAAGGCAAUAUCAAAGUGUACUUUACCUAUUUUUAUCAAACUGAUAUUUGCUGAUGUUAUGCGUUGGCGAUCUUACUCAAAAGCCAGCGAAACUAUUUUGGCAUAUACCGUAAUGGAUAGUAUAAUGAAACUUUUUGAUCGGAUUGAAAAACAACAUGGAAGACUGCUCGUAGCUCACGCAUUGUCAUACAUUACAGCUUCGCGAAGUGGGCUAAGUGAAACUGAAUUAGAAGAUCUGAUUUCUCUGGAUGAUAUUGUUUUAGAUGAUGUUUACCAAUACCAUAUGCCACCAGUUCGAAGAAUUCCCCCUCUUUUGUGGACAAGAAUUCGCAGAGACUUGCCUAAUUAUCUUUCUGAAAGAGAAGCUGACGGCGUGAGUGUUUUAAAUUGGUAUCAUAGACAAUUUCGAGAUGCAGCAAUCGAACGGUAUUUUGUAAAACGGGAACAAAUAGAAUAUUUUCAUUCAUCCAUUGCCGAGUAUUUUUUAGGAACUUGGGGAGGAGGUAAACCUAAGCCGUUCAAGUAUACAGAAAUACAAAGAUACAGGUUCGGCCUAAAGGAUCAAGAAGGAACAGCCGACAGAAAAGUUCCUUUACAACCUUUGGUGUUUCACACGAAGGAUGGUCGAGUUUCAGGAUACAACAAGCGAAAAUUUGGUGAACUGCCAUUCCAUCUAGUGCGAUCACACCGUUUCGAAGAUCUUUUUGAAAAUGUACUUUUCAACUACUUAUGGCUACACUCUAAAGUGAGCUGUUGUCCAUUACAAGCAAUAUUAGCUGAUUUUGAAGAUAUGGUUCAACAUCUUACUGAUAAUGAAUUAAUUAAACAACUAAAUAUAGUCGCCGAUGGUAUGAGACUAGGAGGAGUUAUUUUAGCUCAACACCCAGACAUGCUGGCAUCUCAAAUUAUUGGAAGGCUAUUACCUGUGAAAGACAUUUAUCCAAGAGUUAAAGGUUUAAUAGAACAAUGCGACAAAUUGGGUACUCAGCAUUGCGCUCUAAUACCCUCAUUUCAUAUCUUACACACUCCAGGGGGUCCUCUGAAAUAUUCUUUGGAAGGGCAUCCUUUUGCAGUAUUUGGAUUCUGCCUUACUUCAGAUCAGAGAUUUAUCCUUACUAUUUCCAAUAAAUUUUUGAUGUUCGAUCUAAUGACAGGUGAAAUAUCAUGUGAUAUCAAUCCUGAAAUUCCUGGAAUUAUGCAAGCUUUAGAUUUGAAUUCUGAUGAUAAAUACGCUGUUGCCUACACAAAUCAUAAUGAAAUAAUCAUAUUAAAUGCUUUAUCUGGAGAUAUUGAAAAAGUAAAUAACUUACUUGAAUCUUUGCCCAUUACUGGUAUUGCUAUCGGCGAUGAUGUGGCAUUAGCAUGGAGCCCCAAGCAGUGGGUAACUUUUUCUGUACCUAAUGGUGCAAAACUGUCUUCACAUUUCAUUGAAGAUAAUGAAUACUUCAUUUCCCAUAUUCACUACAAGAGUUCUACGGAUUAUUCCAUAGCUAUUUCAAGUUUGAGGAAAAGUGCAGAAAAUCUUAGAGCCUAUCAUAUCUUGAGAACCAGAUUGAAUGACUGCGACGUUAGUGAAUUGCAUAUUGAUAGUGCAUUGCAUUUUGUGGAUGAUGGCAGCAUAUAUGCUACAUUACAAAACGAAGACACUUAUGAAGUCGCUCAUUUUAAAAUAUCUACAGAUGGCUGGAAAAAACAAACCACUGUAGGAGAAACACCUAUGCGGAUUAUGGCACUAGAGGUGUCUUCAGACAAUUUGUUUCUCGUUGGAACUGUACCAACAGGAUUUUUGUUGUGGAAUUUAGAAAAUUUUAAAGAUACAUAUUUUUUCCUUCCCAAUAAUGUUAAAAAUAUCUCAACCAAACCUUUUUACUCCCAGAGUUCUUUGGCAUUGACGAAACACAAUCAGUAUGGCGUAGGGGGAGUUAGAAAAUCGUUAUACAUUUGGAAUGUGAGAGAUGGACAACUUCUGAAAGAAGUAGAUGCUCAUAUAGCUAGAAUCAUGAAGAUAAAGUCAUUAUAUAUUGAAGAUUUCAAUGGAAUAGUUUCAUCCUCAAUAGACAAAACAAUUAAGGUAUGGAAUGUGAAAAAUAUCUUCGAGAAAGUCUAUACGAUUGACCGCAUGGAGAUGGCCAUUGAAUCUGUGUCGCUGUCAGGAGAUGAUGAAUUGGCAGUCACAGUUACAAGAAGUAGUGUUGGUGUUUGGAGUGUGUCAACUGGCAAACUGUGGAGCAAGUUAGUGGAUUCACCUGUCGGUGCUAUAGUAACCCAUGCUGUAAUCACAGCAGAUGGUCGUUAUGUACUUACUUCUGAGUCUGGAAAUUUACUUGUAUGGAAUAUAAAAAAGGGUUGUGUGACCUUUCGUGAAAGGCAUCCUCACAUAAAACAACUUCUACUUGGAGUGGAUGAUAAGGUCAUUGUAGUAGUAACUUCUGAAGCAGAAAAGAAAUCGAAAUGUACAGUUCGACAAGUGCCAUCUGGAGACUUUUUGUAUGAUUUUACUUUUCCUUGCGAGGUAUCUAAUCCUGCUGUUAUUACAAUAAAUAAUUUGUAUUUGUGUUUAAUGAGCAUGGAGUCGAAUCAGAAAGUUAUACUUGUCCACAGUUGUAAAAAAGGUGGUUUCCUGUUCAAAAUACCUUUAGUAAGCGUUCAGAUGUUAGGAUUUAGUGCAAUUUCACCUUUUCCUGGAAGAGCUUCAGCUGUUGUUAUUGUGAGUUCAGAUUCUUCUUGGAUAAUUGACGUAGAAACUAAGAGAAUAGUUCGAGGAAUCAAACGGUGGAAUGGUGCUUGUACCAGCGAUGGUAAAUAUGGCUUGGUGGCACCUAAUCAAGGAGGUCUGGAAGUAAUAGAGCUACGUAGUGGAAAAACUGUGAAAGUUCUUAUACCACCUGUUAGUGAAGGCGUUUUUGCGGUUACUGCUAAAUUCAAUAGCACGGACGACUAUGUUUUGUAUUACCACAGUGGGAGACAGACAAUACGUUUGUUUCGCAUGUCCAAUGGAAAGAUGAUCGGUAAUUUCAAACUCGCAGCAGAAGCAACUGAUUUCAGGACCACUCAUGAUGGCUUAUCUGCUGUAGUUGGUGGGGUAGACGGAAGCUUCGUCGUUCUGGCCAUUUCUGAUCCUGAAAAUCAAGAAUCGCAACUUAAACUUCAGAAGUUGCCGAGCAGAUUAGAUGGAAAUAUUCAUUCGAUGAAAACGACUGUGAGUUUCAAGACAAUGGCCAAAGUAACUGCUUCUGCAGCAUAUACUAAACGACAGUCAGCUUGCGAAGAAAGCCAGACUUCUAAUAUUUGUAAUAUCUCUUAGAAGAAAGAUAAACGAU